CUCCAUGAUCUGUUCCAAGUAUGAUUGGCUCUUGAAAGGGCACCAUUCGACAUUCUUUGAGGCCGGCUAAUUAGCAUGCCUUCGACCUUCAAGCCCACUUUUGUUAAGAACAGAGCAUACACUUAGCCCUUGGUGUCAAAAGCACGGACUUUGUUUCCAGGAUGGAGUCUCUCAUUCUUUCAUGUACCCAUAUUUAAUGCUCAGGGCUCACUGUGCACGCUCUGUUCAUUCUUCACAAUAGGUAUGCUGCUGUACAUCCGAGCUUAGAGGAUCGAGGUGCUUUCCUCACAGACAAAAUUGUUGGCCCCACGACAAAAAAGAUAUCUGUGAGAGAUUCUUGCCUUCGGUAAGGUGACUCAGCUACAUCCAAAGGUAGGGGGAAAAGUUAGAAACAAUACAUUGUUCGAUGCUUGGCGUGAGAAAGAAUCCGGUGUAGUUCCCUGGGCUGAACAUGAAUAUCCUGGCCAAAUUGGUAUUCGUUAACGUCCUCCUGGUCCUCGCCUCGAUACCAAAUGUUACUGGAGGAGCCACGCCAAUCUGGAGGUAUAAAGGAGACCAAGGUCCCGAGUAUUGGCCUGGUGUUUGUACCACAGGAAAGCGCCAAUCCCCUAUCAAUAUUGAGCGGACCAAGAUACGAAAGACCUUCGACUACGAGCCUUUGGUGUUGGUCAAUUAUGACCGAGCGCCAAAGAAAAUAGCCAUCCUCAACAAUGGCUUCACGGCCAAGUUAACCUUUGAUAACUCGGAAACAGGUUGGAGUGCCAAGAUUCAAGGCGGAGGUCUGCCAGGCACAUACCAAUUCGAGUACUUGGACUUCCAUUGGGGGUCCAAAUUGGGCCAAGGGUCAGAGCACACAUUAGACGGGAUCUCGUAUCCAAUGGAAAUGCAACUGGUGCAUUUUAAUACCAAAUAUGGCGAUUCCAUGACAACAGCAUUGGAAAAGAGUCGAAACUGGUACGACACAUUGGCUUUCGUGGCCGUUUGGUUCCAAUUGAGGAGCGAGGAUAACCCUAAGUUGGAGCCAAUUAUCAAAACUUUGGAAUUCAUCCAGAACGACGGACUCAAGUUCCAAACCCCUCUGUUCCCGCUCAUGGAUUUGUUGCCGGAGAACACGGAACAUUACUUCAGAUAUAAUGGGUCUAUGACUCGUCCCACUUGCAACGAGGUGGUUCUGUGGACAGUAUUUAGGGAGUCCGUGGACAUAUCCAUCGCUCAACUGAAGAAGUUUCGACAGCUCACUUUUGGAAACAAACGCAUCAAGCGAAUUUUGGACAACUUCAGACCCAUCAACGAUUUGAACAAUCGACCCGUUUACGAGAUCGACACAUACGGUGUAGGUUCAACGGCUUCAAGUAUUUCUGCCAUAUCAUGCCUGACCUAUUUGGUCUUCGUCUUGUUACUCAAGCUACUCAUGUGAUGAUUAAACAACAGCAUAGUUUCAUAGAAAAUUGGAA